CAGCCCGGGGGGAGCAGCCAGCACCGGCCCCAGCCGCAGGCAGCACCGGCGGGGGCGGCCCGCCCCAGCGCCCCCCCGCGCCCGCACCGCCCCAGGCAGCGCCCCCGGCACCGCCGAGCGCUUCGCUCCCCAGCGGCUGCGGGCGAGGGGCUCGCUUGCAACCUCCCCCGCCCCUUUCUCUCCCCUCUCCCACCACCAGGGGUGGGCACCCAUCUCCCUUUCCCCCCUCACCUCCCGCAUCCCCCCCCUCCUUUCUCCUUGAUGACGUCUCCCCCAGGGCUCGCUACGAUUUGACGCCUCCCCCCGCCCGCCCCAGCCUUCCCCUCCCCGCCUCCCCCCCCUCCCUCCCCUAGGCAGUGGCGGCGGCGGCGUUGGGGGGGGGGCCGGCCCCGCCCCCCGCCCUGCCUCCCCUCGGCCGGCCGCGGGCAGCAGCAGCGGCCCCCCCCCCGGCCGCAACCCCCCGCCCCCCUCCCCGAUGCUCAGCUCAGUGUGCGUGUCCUCCUUCCGCGGGCGCAAGUCGGCCAGCCAGGCGCCGUCCAAGUCAUGCCCGGGGGGGGCCAUGGGGCGGCAGGAGGACGCGGAGCGGAUCGUGAUCAACGUGGGCGGCGUGCGGCAUGAGACCUACCGCAGUACCCUGCAGACCCUGCCCGGCACCCGCCUGGCCUGGCUGGCCGAGCCCGACGCCUGCAGCAACUUCGACUACGACCCCAAAGCCGACGAGUUCUUCUUCGACCGGCACCCGGGGGUCUUCGCCUACGUGCUCAACUAUUACCGCACGGGCAAGCUGCACUGCCCCGCCGACGUGUGCGGGCCGCUCUUCGAGGAGGAGCUCGCCUUCUGGGGCAUCGACGAGACGGACGUGGAGGCCUGCUGCUGGAUGAACUACCGGCAGCACCGCGACGCCGAGGAGGCGCUUGACUCCUUCGAGACCCCCGACGGCGCGAGCGGCAACGGCGGCGGCGGCGACGACGACGAGGCGGCCGACCUCAAGCGGCUCUGCCUGCAGGAGGACGGGCGUAAGCUGGGCUGGUGGCGCCGCUGGCAGCCCAAGGUGUGGGCGCUCUUCGAGGACCCCUACUCAUCCAAGAUGGCCAGGUACGUGGCCUUUGCCUCGCUCUUCUUCAUCCUCAUCUCCAUCACCACGUUCUGCCUGGAGACCCACGAGGCCUUCAACCGCAUCAUCAACAAGACGGAGACGGUUGUGUUGGCUAACGGGACAGACACACAGGUCGACGUGGAGGUGGAGACAGAGCCCUUCCUCACCUACGUGGAGGGCAUGUGCGUGGUGUGGUUCACCUUUGAGUUCCUCAUGAGAAUUAGCUUCUGCCCAGACAAGCUAGAGUUUGUCAAGAGCAGCCUCAACAUCAUUGACUUUGUGGCCAUCCUGCCCUUCUACCUGGAGGUAGGGCUCAGUGGCCUGUCCUCCAAAGCAGCCAAGGAUGUUCUGGGUUUCCUCCGCGUUGUGCGUUUUGUCCGUAUUCUCCGCAUCUUCAAGCUGACCCGCCACUUCGUGGGUCUCCGGGUGCUGGGCCACACGCUGCGGGCCAGCACCAAUGAGUUCCUGCUUCUCAUCAUCUUCCUGGCCUUGGGGGUCCUCAUCUUUGCCACCAUGAUCUACUAUGCUGAACGCAUUGGAGCCGACCCUGACGACAUCACGGGCAGCAAGCACACCUACUUCAAAAACAUCCCCAUCGGUUUCUGGUGGGCCGUGGUCACCAUGACCACACUGGGCUAUGGCGACAUGUACCCCAUGACAUGGUCGGGAAUGCUGGUUGGGGCACUGUGUGCCCUGGCUGGGGUGCUCACUAUUGCCAUGCCCGUGCCUGUGAUUGUCAACAACUUUGGCAUGUACUACUCCCUUGCCAUGGCCAAGCAGAAGCUACCAAAGAAGAAGAACAAACAUAUCCCACGUGCCCCCCAGCCUGGCUCCCCCAACUACUGCAAGCCUGAUGCCGCCCCCAGCCCCCAUCGUAGCACCCAGGGUGAUGCUUGCCCCCUGGCCCAGGAGGAGAUCAUCGAAAUCAACCGGGCAGACUCAAAGCAGAAUGGGGAUGCAGCAAAUGCGGCACUGGCCAACGAGGACUGCCCCACCAUUGACCAGGCCCUAUCGCCAGAGGAGAAGUCGCCUGUCACGCCGGGUGCCCGGGAGCGCUACAACCGUGACCGUGCCUGCUUCCUGCUGUCGGCCGCCGAGUACGGCCCUGCGCCUGACGGGCACAUCCGCAAAGGUUACGAGAAGUCCCGGAGCCUGAACAGCAUUGCGGGACUGAGCCUGUCUCCUGCCCCCAGCACCUAUGGUUCGCCCCGUGCCCCCCCGGCACCCACCCUCACCCACCCACCCCCCCCCAUUGCCCCCACGGGGCGGGAGCGGCCUGGGCGGAGCCGGCCAGGGGUCCCCAGUGUCCACCUGGACUCCGGACCCACCUUUUUUUAAUGCAAAAAAACAACCCAAGGAGGAAAGAAGGAAGAAAGGACCAGAGGAGGUGUCGCUGGGGCAACAGAAUGCGCCGGGGGCCAUG